CUGAUUCGGCGUGGAAACUUGAAAGUUUCCUAUUUGUUUCACAGAAAAUAUAUAGUAUAAUAUACCUAUUGAUAGAGACUGCUUUUUUGGACAACCAAUGUCACUAUUAGACUCCAAAAAGAAUUAAAUACAAAUAUCUCAUAUGAGGUACGCUGACUAUAUAGCUUUUUAAAUGAGUAAUAUAUAGAACAACCAUUCCAAUUUUAAUUACUAGUAUUUUGCCUAAAUAUGGAAUCUGAAUCAUCCUCCUUACAAUGGCCACAACCUUGCCGCCACUUUAAAUUUCCUGAAAUCCGAUUAGCAACCAGAAACUUCGAUGAAUCACUGGUUAUUGGGCAUGGUGGAUUCGGAAAAGUUUACAAAGCUACCAUUCACAAUGGAUCAAGUCUUGUUGUUGCUGCCAUUAAACGACUGGAUUCCAAGUCCGAUCAAGGAGCUGAUGAGUUUUGGGCCGAAGUGAAGAUGCUUUCCAAGUUACGCCACUGUCACUUAGUAUCUUUGAUUGGUUAUUGCGAUGAUGGGAAAGAAAUGAUCCUUGUCUACGAAUAUAUGCCUCAUGGAUCACUUGAAGAUCAUCUCCACAAACAUUCUACUCAUCUUUCAUGGCUUCAGAGGCUCAAACUCUGCAUCGGUGCUGCUCGCGGGUUAGAUUACCUCCACACGGGUACAGGCAUCGAGUUUGGAGUCAUUCAUCGUGAUGUGAAGAGUGCAAAUAUUUUGUUGCAUGAAAGUUGGGCUGCUAAAAUAGCCGACUUUGGGUUGUCCAAGAUAGGCCCAAAGGAUCAGCCUUUGAGUCAUGUAUUGACUCUUGUGAAAGGAACUUUCGGGUAUCUAGAUCCAGAUUACUUCUUAACUGGAAGGUUAACAAGAAAGUCCGAUGUUUAUGCUUUUGGGGUGGUUUUGUUUGAAGUGUUGUGUCGGAAACGUGCAUUGGAUGUAAGUCGUGAUAAGGAGGAGCAUCACAGUUUAGCAAGAUGGGUAGAAGAUUGUAUCAAAGAAGGCACUUUGAAGCAUUUGAUUGAUUCUGAUAUAAGGGAUCAAAUAUUACCAAAAUGUUUGAAGGGGUUUGUUCGUAUUGCAGAGCGUUGUUUGCAUAGCCAUGGAAAACAUCGUCCAACAAUGGCUGAAGUUGUGGUUAGUCUUGAGUCUGUUUUGGCCUUACAAGAGAAAAACGAUAAUUCAUUGCAAUCUGGGAGUAGAACAAUACUUGGUAGAAUGGUUGAUAUGUUACCAUUUGCAUAUAAUGCAGAGAAUUCAGGUUGGGUAGACAAGAACACUUUUGGCCCUUCAACCCCUGGUGUUGAAAUUGCUGUUACUGUUAAAAAAACACGCCAAUUAGAAAGCUUUCAAGGACAUGAUGAAUGGUUGGGAUCUAGAGCAGUAGAUUGUUUCACAGAAUAUGGUGAAUGGAGUAGGUAUAAACUAGAGGAGGUGAUAGGUACAGGAAGUUCAGGUGUUGUGUGUUCAGCAUUUGAUACUUUUGUUGGAGAAAAAGUAGCUAUAAAAAAGAUAAACGACAUUUUUGAACAAGGUUUUGUUGCAACUCGUAUCCUUCGUGAGAUUCUGCUUCUUAGGCUCCUUCGACAUCCAGACAUUGUAAUCAAAGCAAACGAAAAGUUAACACCAGAACAAUGUCGCUUCUUUCUCUAUCAGCUUCUUCGAGGAUUGAAAUACAUGCACUCAGCAAAUGUGUUUCAUAGAGAUCUAAAACCGAAAAAUAUUUUGGUGAAUGCUGAUUGCAAGCUCAAGAUAUGUGACUUUGGUAUUGCAAGAGUUGUCUUCAAUGAUACACCUACUGCAGUAUGCUGGACAGAUUAUGUUGCAACAAGAUGGUAUAGAGCUCCUGAAUUGUGUGGAUCUUUUUUCUCUAAGUACACACAGGCUAUAGACACAUGGAGCAUUGGUUGUAUUUUUGCAGAACUUUUAACUGGAAAGCCUCUCUUCCCAGGGAAAAGUGUGUUUCAUCAGUUGGAUCUGAUGACUGAUCUUUUGGGAACACCAUCAACCGAAGCUAUAUCCAGAAUACGACAUGAGAAGGCAAUGAAAUACUUAAGCAAAAUGAGGGAAGAAGAAGCCGAUUCCCUUCUCCAGAAAGCUCUUUCGGAUCCAUAUUUUAAGAAUUUGGGUAAAGUUGAGAGGGAGUCUUCUUCUCGACCUAUCACAAAGAGGGAAUUCGAGUUUGAAAAAAGAAGACUUAGUACAGAAGAAUUACGAGAACGUAUCUACAAGGAGAUUCUUGAAUAUCAUCCCAAUAUGUUGAAGGAUGGAAGCCAACAACCAGGCUUCAUGUAUCCAAGUGCUUUUGACAAAUUCAAGAAGCAAUUUUCUGAUAAGGAGGAGCAUUACAGCAAGGGUAAAGUUGCUGCUCCCCUACUGAGACGCCAGUCCUUAUCUUUGCCAAGGGCUUCCAUUUUAUACCCAAAAGAGACUACACAAACUAGUUCAAUCAAAGAAUACAAGACACAAUGCAUGACUUCUGAGAUGCCAAAUGCCAUACCACUUCUACAAUUUCCUCAAAGUAUUCAAGGAAAUGUAACUUUGAAAUUUUUCGGACACUAUCAGCUGCAUCACGACUUGCUAAAGAAUACGAGUCGAACGCCACAACAAAAACCUGCCAUUCUCGUGCGAUUGCUUGAUUCUGAAGCUCAGAAUUGUCGUUAUAAAGAUUUUCUCAAGGCCAUGGAGGAUUCCAUUACACAGUUCUGUGAUGGUGUAGCUCGAUUCUGCAACCACCUUGAAUCCAGCUCAGCUGCCCUCCUCCAGUCUGUCAACCGCCGCUCAAUCCCUUUCGAUUCUGCUUCAUUGUCAUUUGUGCAAUGCCUAAACCGAAGAGUAUCAACUGCCACCAGUGACCUCAACCUCCUUGAGUCCAUGUCCUUUGACACUGUCUCAUUUGAGGAGUUGCUUGGACACUGCAAUGAGGUUUACAAAAACAAUCAAAAUCAAAUUAUUCAACUUGAGGAUCACCUUUCUGCUUUUGGAUAUGUUCCUGAAGUGGAGAUUGAUGAACCAGAAGAGGACUUCAUAGAUUCACAACCAAAUACUAAUUUGGAUUUCAAGAACACCAUGGAAGAUGAUUCUUUAUUCGAAGAUACACUGAGUUUGCAGAAUCUUGGGAUUUCAAAUGCUUCUCUUGCCACUAUUGUAUCUGAAGGUAACAAAAAGAUUGAGAUGGAUGGAUUAUAUGAGCCAGAAAUAGAUAUCCCAGAAGUAGAAAAAGAUGAACGAAAUGAGUUGAAGCCAUUUCAAGAUUCUAAAUCUUUAAUAUGUGUACCUAAAGAUGCUUAUGAAAGUCUUCCUUCAUAUAUGAAAAGUUUAGCAUCAUGGGAGGAUUUGAUUCAUGCUGUUGAGAAGAUGAACUUAAGUCUGGAAACCAAGAAUGGAAACUUUUUCACUCAAGAUGAAGUUUCAUUACUGGAAUUAGGGCAUAAAACAAGAUCGUAUUUGCUGUUAUUGGUGAAGAUGAAUUGCAUAGUUGUGGAGACCAUUGAUGGGUUGAUUUCUUAUAGAGUGUUGUAG